AUAUCCGCUCAAGUGUCACAAAGUGAGGAAUAAAGUGUGAAAAUGUGAAUAACAAGAACAAUGAUCAAAAUUCGUGUAGCGUGCUUAGUGAUGUUCGCAGUCCUGCAGCGGAGCGCCGAGAGCCAGCAAGACAUUAUGAUAGAGGAAUCUUCGUCCUUAGAAUCUGUACAUGCUGCGCUAGGGCGGGCGGCGGAGUUGCCAUGUGACAUCACGCCGGCAAUUGCUCAUGACAGCGUCGCAUUGGUCAUUUGGUACAAGGAGGGACACAACACACCUGUGUAUACUUUCGACAAAAGAGAUGGCGUUGACACGCACUGGUCGGAUCCAGCUACUCUCGGUUCCAGAGCCUCAUUCCGAACCAGCACUACACCAGCAUUACUUGUACUUACUAAGAUAAGGCCUGAAGACAGCGGUCAGUAUAGAUGUAGGGUUGACUUCAUAAAGUUACCUACCAAGAACACAAGGCUCAACCUAACCGUAUUGAUACCUCCGAAACGGCUAGUGAUACUGGACCAAGAUGGAGAAGAGUUCCGUGGUGGGGCAAUGGGGCCUUUCGAUGAAGGGACCAGAGUCAAUCUUACUUGCGUGGCUAUUGGUGGUCGCCCCGCAGCUAGAGUAUCGUGGUGGCAGUCACACGCACUCUUAGCCAACUCUGAGUCGAGGGCAUCCGUCUCUUUCACACUACAGAGAGAUUUGUAUCCUGCAACUCUCACUUGCCAGGCUGUCACUGACCCUUCGAUAUCACCGCUGUCGAAAACCAUCACUAUUGAUAUGAAUCUAUAUCCUCUAUGGGUGCGUAUAAUUGGUGGUGCCAGACCGCUGGUAGCGGGAAGAGGGGUGGAAAUAAUUUGUCAAGCAGUUGGCGCUCGUCCUCACCCUACAAUAUCAUGGUCGAAGGGGGCUACUAGACUCCGUACAAUUCGGGAAAAGAUAUCGCCCGACGGCAACGUGACAAGUAGUAUCUUGAGCAUAAUACCGACAGUCGAAGAUUCGGGUCGAAUAAUCUCAUGCAGAUCUGUUCAGCAGAACCUGAAGCAUUCCGUUCGAGAAGAUGGAUGGAAGAUGGAGAUACAACAUGUACCCAUACCGAAACUUAAGUUGGGUGCCAAUUUAGACCCUGACAAUAUAAUGGAGGGGUCGGACGUGUACCUGGAUUGUGACGUGCGAUCGAGGCCGGAUCAUGACUACGUAUAUUUUACAUAUAAUGGGGUGAUUGUAAAAGGCAGCGGUGGAGUGCUCGUGACUCGUCAGAGCUUGGUGCUACAGGGUGUUUCGAAACAGCGAGCCGGAGCAUAUGUGUGUGUUGCACGGAAUUCGCUUGGGGAGGGCAGCAGUGAUCCAUUACAUAUUGAUGUUAAAUUCAGUCCCGUGUGCACAAAAAAGGACGGCGUGGCGCUGCGGGCCGCCCGAGGAGAGACUAUGUCCAUAAAAUGUGACGUUGACGCUAAUCCUAUGCCAUCGUCGUUUAGGUGGUGGUUCAACAGUUCAACAGACACUGAGCGGGAGCUGACUAGUAGCAAUGGAAUGUCCACAGAUGCAUAUGACUAUAGGGUGAACAGUUCAUCUGAGUAUGGAUGGGUCCAGUGCGCCGGAACUAACUCGGUGGGACGUCAGACUGAGCCCUGUAUGUUUCACAUUUUACCUGCCGAGAGACCAUCGGCAGUGCAGAGUUGUGAUAUUAGCAAUGUUACACACGAGUGUUUCUUGAUCGAGUGUAACCCGGGAUAUUAUGAUGGCGGACUUGCGCAAGAGUUCAUGUUACAGGUAUUCAUCGUUGAAAAUGGAGCGCUAAUAACGAACAGGACAGGCAUGGCAGCACAAUGGAGGGUCUGCAACGUGUCUGGGGCGCAAUCUGUUCGCGUGUCAGUUUACGCGUAUAACAGAGUGGGACACAGCGAACCCCAUACGGUCACUGUUGGGUUACUUAAACAUCCGCAGCGGCAUUCGGGUAUUUCGUCAGUCAGUGUACAACUAUCGGCCGUGCUGGUGUCGGUACUCUGCGCUGUGAGUGUACUUAUUUGCGUCGGCACAUUAGCAACGUUUGCAUUGUGCUACCGGCACUGUCAGCCGAGACGGGGAGAAAAACCGGAAAAAGCGAAAGGCCGCGACGAAUCAACCAAAGUUCUCCUCGAAGACAAAUCAGAGGCGAAAGACGAGAAACAUUCAGACACAAACCCAGACAUAAUACAAAUAGAAACCAAGAACAUCGCCGUGACAGAGACCGCGCAACCGUUACUUUCUCACGGGCAUCAUGUGCAUCCAUACAACAUUGAUGCAAAUACACCGAGUUUGAGUUUAGAGCCGUUGGAAUUAAGUUAUUUGCCCACAGAAUAUCGAUUGCCGCAUGAUAAGGUGUAUGAAGACUGGCCGAGGUAUAAGAACGCUUUGCCCAUGGACACAAGUAAUUUGCUCCCACCACACCAACUGACGCCCCAGCCGAAUUCAAUAUACAGCAGCAUCAAGCGGAACCCCCUUAAAUUGCUCAAAAUGCCGGAACUGGAUCCAUGCCGACUGGAGGUGUCGAAUUAUCAACGAUACUCACCGUCGCUACAAUUAAACCCCGAAAAUAAUACAGCAAGAUACAAUAAUACACAAAUGAAUGAAGCACAGCCAAUCAAUGGGAGUGAACGCCAACAAGCCCCGAACGAAGCGUCCAAUACAGUGCCACAGCGAAUGAAGCCGGUGAAUUGUUUUGUGUGAUUUUUGUGUUACCGCGAGUUAUAGCCCUGAAAGACCUUGAUAUUUCAAUUAUGAAGAGAACAGUGCUUCUAAAUAUAAAAGAUUCGCCAUAAUUUCCGAAAAUAUACUGUAUAAGUAAUAAAUAAUUGUUUUCUCUUCACAGAUUAUGAUUUCUUUACCUUGUCCUUACGUACUCCAGAUUUGUUUUGCGAUGUAUCGAUUGUAAUACUAAGGUAUUUUCCUUGUAUAGUCCCUGUUUUAUAAUACAGCCGAGUAUGGAAGCACUGCAAGAGAGACGUUGAAAGUUUGGAAAUGUCAGUGACAGGUCCUAAAACUAUUCUCGUGAUAAUUUAAAUUAGGAAUAGGCAAGCGCUUUGACAGUUGUCAUUUGCGUACGUCACUUUGACAUAUGAUUUUUUUACUCUCGACUUAAAUUAAGAUGCAUUUGUCAUUUAGAUAUAGGUGAUGGCAGAAGACGUCUUCAAGUCGACAAGAUUCGUUUCAGAACUAUUUGUGUCAACGAAUUUAGAAUUAAAAGCUUGCCACGCCAUAGAUUUUUUUUCUUGCUUUUUUAUUUCAAAGCGUUGAACGCAUUUUUUUUUUAAUCUUUUUCAAUCAAAAUAUUUUCGUCGAGAAUAGAAUUUAUGUCUGUUUGCUAAUUGUUGCAUUUAAUGAUUGCAGAUUGAAUUGAGUAUUUAUUGUAAAGUAUUAAUUAUAGUUUUAUUAAUAACAAAGACUGUAAUACUGUUAUUUUAAAUAAAUUGUUUAUAGAUGUAAGUAAUUUUUAAUUAUUAAACAGAGUA